AUGAGUGGAGAUAGUGGAAACGAAACAGAGAGAGCAGAUGAGCAAUCAGGUUCGAAUGCUCAUCAAAGUCGAUGGGAUAGUGAUAAAUUGACACAAGUACUCCAAAGCAAGUAUCCGAACCUUGUAAUGUACAAUGGCAGCACCGAUUUAGAACAUAUAACAAAGUUUUAUGAAGGUUUCAGGGAAUUGAUAGGAAAGCCCAUAUCGUUUUCGGAAAACGUGAAGUCUGAUUUUGUGUUUGCCUUCUUGCGGCUGGAUCGCAGCAGGAGGGUGCUGUUGAUGAGUCUUGACCUAUUUGAGAACGCCUCGGACUAUUUGCAAACUUUGAAAUUUAAUAUAGAUCAAUGGGCUUUGAGGUUAGAGUUUCUGACACUACGAGUACUUGGUUGGGCAUGGGACGAGCUUCGAGAAGCAAAGGACAAGGACAAGAAGUUAGAAGAGGAGUUCCUGGAGACGGAAACGCUGGAGGGGCUUAGCGUGAGAUACAACAUAUGUGUUACGUUUAUUAUGGAUGUGAUAGAUGAGGUGAUAGCGGACAAAGAGAGGGCAUUCGAAUAUUUGUUGUCGAAUAGGGCCGGAGUGGACGUGUACUUGAAACGCCUGCAGUAUGGAUUUCAGAUGCUAGCUGUGGUCCAAGAUUUCUGUAACAAGUGUGAUUCAUACCCAGACCUCUAUCAAGAAUCGCUUCAGACCAUAGCACUAGAAGCCCGUCGAGAGCAAGUUAUGGAGAAGUGGGGCAUUCUUGAAAUUAUUCACGAAGAAUACGACAAUUUGGCAGCCAGCAUGCAUAAAAUGGCAGCUAAUAACCUCAUAAAUAUGAUGCUAGACAAGAAGAACAAACUACGAGACAGCACCCACCUGCAAUUGCAGCACAGCUGA